AGGGGCAGGACGGAGAUGGCACCCUGGGUCUCUGAGGCACCUGUCCCUUUCUGAGUCAGACAGGGUCAGGAACCAGACUGGGACCAGACCACUAGCAAGGCACCGGAGGAUGUUCUCUAAAUAAGACCAUGGAGCUUCAGAAAACCAGCUCUCUUCUCAUCUUCUGCCUCAGUUUCUCACUGCUCAUCUACGUAAAGAAUUCUUUUUGCAGUAAAAACAACACCUGGUGCCACUCAAAUUCUUGCCAAAACAAUUCUACAUGCAAGGGUUUUUCACAAGACAGCAAAUGCCACUGUUCAGACACAGCCAAUAAUUUGGACAAAGACUGUGACAACAUGACAGAUCCCUGCUCCUCCAGUCCUUGCCAAGGAAUUGCCACUUGUGUAAACACCGCAGGAGAAAGCGGCUUUCAGUGCCACUGUCCUCCCGGGUAUAGUGGGAGGACUUGUGAAACUGCCAUUGGCUCGUGUGGUGUGGACUCAUGCCAGCAUGGCGGUGCUUGCCAUCGCGACCCAGUUCACCCAGUCUGCAUCUGCCCUGCUGGAUAUGGAGGAAGAUUCUGUGAGAUAGAUCACAAUGAAUGUGCCUCCAGCCCUUGCCACAACGGGGCUGUGUGUCAGGAUGGAAUCAAUGGCUACUUCUGCUUCUGUGUCCCAGGAUAUCAAGGGAGGCACUGUGACUUGGAAGUAGAUGAGUGUGUUUCGGAUCCCUGCAAGAAUGAGGCUACCUGCCUCAAUGAGAUAGGAAGAUACACUUGUAUCUGUCCACGAGAUUAUUCCGGUGUCAAUUGUGAAUUACAAAUUGAUGAAUGUUGGUCCCAGCCCUGUCUAAAUGGUGCAACUUGUCGGGAUACUCUGGAGGCUUAUUUCUGUGACUGCGCCCCUGGAUUCCUAGGAGAUCACUGUGAACUUGACAUUGAUGAGUGUGCCAGUCAGCCGUGUCUCCAUGGAGGGCUAUGUGUGGAUGGAGGAAACCGAUAUAGCUGCAACUGCAUGGGUAGUGGAUUCACAGGAACACACUGUGAGACCUUGAUGCCUCUUUGUUGGUCAAAUCCUUGUCACAAUAACGCUACCUGUGAAGACAGUGUUGACAAUUAUAUUUGCCACUGUUGGCCUGGAUACACAGGUGCCCAGUGUGAGACAGACAUAAACGAAUGCGGUAGUAAUCCCUGCCAGUCUGGUGCGGAAUGCGUGGAGCUGUCUUUGGAGAAACAAUACGGACGCAUUGCCCAGCUGCCUUCUUCAUUCAGCUACCACAAAGCCACAGGCUAUGUUUGUAUUUGUCAGCCUGGAUUUGCAGGAAUUCACUGUGAAGAAGACGUCAAUGAAUGUUUAUCAAACCCCUGCCAAAAUGGUGGCACCUGUGAGAACUUGCCUGGAAAUUACACUUGCCACUGCCCAUUUGAUAACCUUUCAAGCACAUUUUAUGGAGGACAAGACUGUUCUGAUAUUCUCUUGGGCUGCACACAUCACCAAUGUCUAAACAGUGGAAUUUGUAUCCCUCACUUCCAGAAUGGCCAGCAUGGAUUCAGCUGCCUAUGUCCGCCGGGCUAUACUGGGUCACUGUGUGAAGCUGUCACCACACUUUCAUUUGAGGGCAGCGGCUUCCUGUUGGUCACAAAUGGCUCGCGUACAGCGCAGAGCUCGGUUUGUAGCAUCGCCUUCAGCUUUCGGACCGUUCAGCCUGUGGCACUUCUAUUUUUCCGGGGCAACAGAGACAUGUUUGCAAAGCUGGAGUUGCUAAGCGGCUACAUUCACUUAUCAGUCCAAGCUCAUAAUCAGUCCCAGGUGCUUCUGUACAUUCCCCACAACACCAGCGACGGACGGUGGCACUCAGUGGAGGUGGCGUUUGCAGAGGCUGUGACCCUUUCCUUAGCUGACAACUUGUGUAAGGAGAAAUGCACCGCUAGCGCUCCCUCUCCAUUUGAAAGGAAUCAAUCAAUAUGUGCUUUUCAGAACUCUUUUUUGGGUGGUUUACCAGUGGAAAUGACCAGAGAUGGUGUUGCCCUGCUUAACAUCUAUAAUACAGCAUCCACACCUUCAUUUGUAGGCUGUCUCCAAGACAUUAAAUUUGAUUCGAAUCAUAUUACCCUGGAGAACAUUUCAUCUGGCUUGUCAUUAAAUAUCAAGGCAGGCUGCACACGAAAGGAUUGGUGUGAAAGUCAACCUUGUCAAAACAGAGGACGCUGCGUCAACUUGUGGCUUGGCUACCAGUGUGACUGCUACAGGCCCUAUGUAGGCCCCAACUGUCUGAGAGAGUACGUGGCAGGCAGAUUUGGCCAGGAUGACUCCACCGGAUACGCUGUCUUCAGGGUCGAUGAGAAUUAUGGGCAGAACUUCAGCCUCUCCAUGUUUGUGCGAACGCAUCGCCCAUCAGGCUUCCUUCUCGCCUUGGAAAAUGGCACUUACCACUAUGUUCGUGUCCGGCUAGAGCAGGGCAGACUAGCACUGCUGACUCCAGGCUCUCCAAAAUCACUAGUAACACUUGUUCUAAGUGACGGAAAUGUCCACUUAAUAUCUUUAAAGAUCAAGCCAAACAAAAUUGAACUGUAUCGGUCUUCACGAAAGCUGGGAUUUGUUUCUGCUGCUACAUGGAAAAUCCAAAAAGGAGAUGUCCUCUACCUUGGCGGCCUGCCCGAUAAGCAAGAGACUGAAAAUAAUGGGGGGUUCUUCAAAGGCUGUAUCCAAGAUAUAAGACUAAACAAUCAAAAUCUGGAAUUCUUCCCAAAUUCAACAAACAGUGCAUCCCACCACCCAGUUCUUGUCAAUGUGCUCCAAGGUUGUCCGGGAGACAAUGUCUGCGAGCCUAACCCCUGCCACAACGGCGGCGUCUGCUACUCCCUGUGGGAUGAGUUCUUCUGCGCCUGCCCCGCGCACACAGCUGGGAAAGCCUGUGAGGAAGUUCAGUGGUGUGAGCUCAGCCCGUGUCCUCCCAGCGCCCACUGCCAGCGGGUGCCUGGAGGGUUUGAAUGUACUGGAAAUGCUCUUUUGAAUGGACAAAGCAGUGAAAUAGUGUUCAGAAGCAAUGGGAAUAUUAUCAGAGAGCUCACUAAUAUCACAUUUGGUUUCAGAACAAGGGACGCGGAUGUGAUAAUACUUCAUGCUGAGAAUGAGCCUGCAUUUCUUAAGCUUAGCAUUCAAGAUUCCCGGUUCUGUUUUCAGUUGCAAAGUGGCAACAGUCUUUAUAGUCUGCACCUCACAAGUCUGCAGCCAGUGAAUGACGGCACAUGGCACCAAGUGACUCUUUCCAUGACAGACCCCCUGGCCCAGACCUCCAGGUGGCAGAUGGAACUGGACAACCAAACAUCUUCUGUGACCAGUGAAAUUGCUACUGGAAGCCUUGACUUUUUGAAAGAAAACACAGACAUUUACGUGGGUGACCGGUCUACUGACAACGUGAAGGGCUUUCAAGGGUGUCUGAGUACAAUAGAAAUUGGAGGCCUUUAUCUCUCUUACUUUGAAAAUAUUCCUGGCUUCACAGAUAAACCUCAGGAAGAGCAGUUUCUCAAAAUCUCUACGAAUUCAGUGCUUACCGGCUGUUUGCAGUUAAAUGCCUGCUACUCCAGCCCCUGUUUGCAUGGAGGAAACUGUGAGGACCUCUACAGCUCCUAUCGCUGUUCCUGUCCCUUGGGAUGGUCAGGAACACUCUGUGAACUCAACAUCGAUGAAUGCUUUUCAAACCCCUGUAUCCAUGGCAACUGCUCCGACAGUGUGGCAGCCUACCACUGCAGGUGUGAGCCUGGAUACACUGGUGUGAACUGUGAAGUAGAUAUAGACAAUUGCCAGAAUCACCAGUGUGCAAAUGGGGCCACCUGCAUUAGUGACACUAAUGGCUACUCUUGUCUCUGUUUGGGAAAUUUUACAGGAAAAUUGUGCAGACACAACAGAUUACCCUCAACAGUCUGUGGGAACGAGAGUGCAAAUGUUACUUGUUACAACGGAGGAAACUGCACAGAGUUGCGUGCUGAAUUAAAAUGCAUGUGCCGGCCAGGCUUCACUGGACAAUGGUGUGAGACGGACAUUGACGAGUGUGCCUCUGAUCCCUGCGUCAACGGAGGCCUGUGCCAGGACUUACUCGAUAGGUUCCAGUGCCUCUGCGACGUGGCCUUCGCGGGCGAGCGCUGCGAGCUGGAUUUGGCAGGUGACAUGACCUCGGACCUUCUCACCGCCACGGCCUCAGUGACGUUAGUCCUGCUACUCAUCCUCUUGCUGGCUGUGGUUGCUUCUAUUGUUGCCUCCAACAAGAGGGCAACUCAGGGAACCUACAACCCCAGCCGUCAGGAAAAGGAGGGUGCUCGAGUGGAAAUGUGGAGCGUGAUGCCACCCCCUGCGAUGGAGAGGCUGAUCUAGGGGCAUCGCUGCCUCUCUGAAAAAGGGAUCUCACGCAGUGAACGUGAAGCUUGCAUAGAAGGGGUUUUGUGACACACCUAGACAUGCUAAUGUAUACCUGGGGUUACACUGGAACUGAGGGAAGGAUUUCUUUCACCACCUUAAAGGUUUCCCUGGGGUAGUUCAUCUGACACCAGUUUUAUUAUAUUAGCAGUCACAAAACACUGGCUCUGUGCCACUAAUUUUAGCUUCCUAAUUAGCAAAUAUAUCUUCCAGAGAACAAUAUAUUUUAGAAAAAUCUCCAGUGGUUGUUACUUAAGCUCUUUACUCUUUGCAACCUGGAAACAAUAUUGUAGUUUGCCCUCUAGCAGGCAAACUCAAUUUUUUCAAGCACAGAAACUACGGUGCUGGGGGGCAUACACUUUUCACUCCUUCGAUCAUGUGGUGGAAGAUUUUAGUUAUAUGCUGUGAAGAGAGGCAUACUUUUGUCUUCCAAUCAUGGAGCCAAAGAAAGCCAUGGGAAUGACUCUUGAUUUAAAAAGUGACCCAAACAUGACAAAUAAAAAUUGAAAUGCAA